AUCAGACAGACAGCUCCGCUGAACUGGGGCAACCGUGAGAGAGGGAGACACUGGGAGCGUAGCUUGGAGAGUUUCAGCUGGGGGAUAAGAAAGCACUAUCGGGAGACGGUCACAAGAGCUGCUUAGCAAUGAGCUGGGGAACGGAGCUUUGGGAUCAGUUUGACAACCUAGAGAAACAUACGCAAUGGGGGAUCGACUUCCUGGAAAGAUACACAAAAUUUGUUAAAGAAAGAAUGGAAAUCGAACAUGCCUAUGCAAAACAAUUAAGGAAUCUUGUAAAGAAGAACUGCCCUAAGCGCCCCAAAGAUGAAGAGCCCAGGUUUACCUCGUGUCUGUCUUUCUAUACAAUCCUCAAUGAGCUCAACGACUAUGCAGGGCAGCGGGAGGUGGUGGCAGAGGAGAUGGGGCGCCGAGUGUACGGGGAGCUCAUGCGCUACACUCAUGAGCUCAAGUCAGAAAGGAAAGUCCAUCUUCAGGAGGGAAGGAAAGCCCAACAGUAUCUCGAUCAGUGCUGGAAACAGAUGGAUAAUAGUAAGAAAAAGUUUGAAAGAGAGUGCCGAGAAACAGAAAAGGCACAGAUAGGCUAUGAAAAAAUAGACAAUGACCCCAACGCAACCAAAGCUGAUGUGGAGAAAGCUAAGGCGCAGUUAUAUCUACGAACACACACGGCUGAUGAGAGUAAAAAUGAAUAUGCAGCCCAACUGCAGAACUUUAACGGGGAACAACAAAAACAUUUUUAUUCUGCAAUUCCAAUAAUAUUUAAGAAUUUACAGGACAUGGAUGAAAGGAGGACCUUGAAGCUGAGUGAGAGUUACAAAGGUUUUGCAGAUGUAGAGCGCAAAGUUAUUCCCAUCAUUUCUAAGUGUUUGGAAGGGAUGGUGGUUGCAUCAAAAUCAGUGGACGAAAGAAGAGAUUCACAGAUUGUGGUAGAAUCCUUUAAAUCUGGGUUUGAACCUCCAGUAGACUUCCCAUUCGAGGACUUCAGUCAGAAUAUUUACAGGACGAGUUCUGAAGGUACCAUAAGCACACCCAAGACAGACUCCACCAGGGCUGACCCCAAACACACCGUUGGGAAAACCAAGGGCAAGCUGUGGCUGUUUGGAAAGAAACCGAAGGGUCCAGCGGUGGAAGAUUAUAGCCACUUGCCUCCUGAGCAGCGACGCAAGAAGCUUCAGCAGAGGAUUGAUGAGCUCAGCAGGGAACUGCAGAAAGAAGUGGACCAGAGAGAUGCGCUGAACAAAAUGAAAGACGUCUAUGAAAAGAAUCCACAGAUGGGUGACCCAGGAAGUUUACAACCGAAAAUUGCAGAAACGAUGAGCAACAUGGACCGUCUCCGCGUGGAGAUCCAUAAGAACGAGGCAUGGCUCACUGAAGUUGAAGGAAAACCAGGAAUCAGAGGAGACCGGCGAGCCAGUGCAGACAUUAAUCACCAUCACCACACACCACAUGGAAGAGAGAGUCCCGAAGGCAGCUACAACGAGGAUGCUCCCCAAGAGAACAGGGGACCCCCUCAGCCGGACCCUCAUGAGUUUGAUGACGAAUUUGAUGACGAUGACCCACUGCCUGUAGUUGGUCACUGCAAAGCAAUCUAUUCAUUUGAUGGUCAGAACGAAGGCACUCUGGCUAUGGUCGAAGGGGAGAUAAUGUACAUCAUUGAGGAAGACAAAGGAGACGGCUGGACACGAGCCAGAAAGCAGAGCGGCGAGGAGGGCUAUGUGCCAACUUCUUAUGUAGAUAUAACACUUGAGAAAAACAGCAAAGGUUCCUGAAUGGAUUUGUGGGUUUCUGAAACAGUGGGUGAGACAUUCAAGGAAGGUUACACGCAGCUGCUUAUCUCUGGGGUGGGGACGUGGGUAUUAGGAGGCCAAGAGGUAUAAAAGCAGGUUGCACGUUUGCAUGCAGGCAUCAAUUUAUCAUUAACACGUCAGCACUGCCAUCAUAGCAUCAUAGUGGCAGCUUUCAUUGAACAUCUUUCUUGUUAUUCGGAUGUGUGCAGCACCAGUGGACACUUUUGCCAGGCUGCAAUUUUUUAAAGAGAAAGCCGAUCAUUUCAAAAUCUAAAGCUUUCCAAAGAAAUCUUUGAUCUUUGCAGUUUGAAAAAGUGCCACUGUUGUGCUGGUCAUUUAAUGCAAGGGAAUAAAAUUAAAAUUUAAAAGAAGAUCUAGUACACUAACUGCGCCUUGACACCGAAGUCAACCUUUUUGUUUAUUUUUUUUGCAUAUCAUUUUAUAGCUUUGAAUGUGUGCCUGUGCCGCCCUCCUCCAUGCUCGCCCCCUAACAUGCUGCUGCGUGUCUAGCACCAUCAUUCUAAGUCAAGCGUGUUUACGUGGCGUUAUAUUUUAACUGGUAUUUCACUGCCAUCUAAUCCUGUUUGUCAGCCAGUCCCUUUUUUUCACUUGUCCAUUAACUUUCAUUCUGGUGAAUUGCGCUGCUACAUACAUUGCGUUUCACCAAUGCAUGACCAAGAAAUGUAAACUCAGUGCCAGACUGCAAUAAACAUCAUCAAGAAAGAAGUGUUUUGAGGAACCCCUUACCAACAUGCCAAGAAAUACGUUUACAUCAUCAACACAAGGGGAGGGCAGCCGUGAAUGAGCAGAGCAUCGCAUACAGCAUCAGGAGAUUUGUUUGGACAAGAUUAAAAAGGACCAAGCACCAUCACCACUCCAACUCGCUGUGCAAUCUUUUGCCUUAACACAACUGUACAAUGGAAGAGUGCCUAAAUCUGCUGAUUUGCCAAUCUGAUAAAAAGGCUGCUUUUAUUUCUGGGACUUGUCUGAAAUCCUUGUUGUCUCUCUCAGCACUGCAAAAUGCUGUAUUAAUGCCGUUUUAAUUCUUAAACUCGUUCGAGUGGCCAACUAAAAAAAAAAA